UCGUCAUAUGACGUCCCCGGUGAUCAAACAUGGCGCUUUGAGCGACAAAGUUUCACUUCUCUUCCCAAACUUUCCUUAAGUUUGACGCAAAACGGGAAUAUUGACAUCUCUCGGUAGUUUGGCCUGUUCAAAGAGGCAAAUAUGGUGACCAGGAACUACACAGUGCCCACUUUGGCGAAAUGGUUCAAUAGUUUUCCGCACUACACCCAGUUUCUCCGGAUCAACAACACUUUUUCGCCGGACGACUCCGACUACCAAGAGUCCCUGGGGUUCUGGGCGGCUGUUCCCGUGGCCUGGUUGACGCUGACGUUGUUUUUCUUCCUGGUGUACUUCUGUGCGAGAUGCUGUUCACACGGCACGGCACGGAAACAUCCGGCAUACUGUCUCAGGUGGACUAUCGGGAUCCUGUCGCUUAUUGCCCUGACGGGUGUGGCCAUCGGUAUCUAUGGCAACGUGGAGGCAGACCAGGGAGUCCAGGACUUCGCUACUGCUGUAGAAAAUGUCAACCAGACCAUCAUGGGGGUGGAAACCCAGGUCAAUGGAAUGAACAAUGAUCUUUCGGAAGUAUCGGAACCACUGGUUCGACUCAGAGAUCUGGUGACCAACAUCCCUGGUGCUGGGAAAAUUAUCGAUGACACCAUUGCAGAGGUUGAUAACCUCAUCAAAGAGCUGGCGACUAUUCCCUUUGAUAAGGAAGGUGUGAAUUUGCAGUUGAUAGCAGACGACACCAGGUUCUAUGAAUACUACAGGUUCUUGGGGACAGUCCUCCUCCUGGUGUUAGAGAUUAUAAUUGGACUUGUGGCACUGUGUGGAGUUGGGCGGGGCUCCAGAUGUCUUCUCAUUUUCAUGACCUGUCUAGCCUUCCUGUGUCUGUUUGUCUGUUUCGGUGGUGGGGCAGUGUACUUAGCCGCUGGUGUGGGAGCAGGAGAUUUCUGCAUCAGCCCCUCAACUUACAUCAAAGACCAAGUGAAGGAGGAUGUUAUUCCCAAAGCUGUCCUGGAGUAUUAUAUCAACUGUUACCCGGCAUCAGUCAACCCCUUCUCACAGACCAUCUCCCAAGGAAGAAAGAGAAUCUCUCAGGCUAAUGACUUCCUGCGAGAGGUGGAUGGACUAACAACAGACCUGCCUGCAGCCAAGGAGAUCAUUAAAGAAAUUGGAGGAAAGCUGAAUGCCACAGAGACAAGCUUCGACAAUUUGGUAGUCUUGGUUCAGUGCCAAAAGAUGCAUGAGGAAUAUGUUGAUGCCUUGAAUGCUGUCUGCUAUGAUGCAUUGGAGGGCGUGGCCUACAUGCUAGUUUCCUCAUUGGCUGUUGGACUGUUGUUCACCGUAUCCAUGGUACUGGCAUCGUUGGCAUGGCAACGUCUUGGCAGGAGAAAACAUUACAUAGAGAUUGAUGAAGAGGAUCCCUUCCUUCCCCCAAGCGGCAUGACCUCUGACAUAAGAGGAACCUCCCAGGGACCACUCACACUACAGGCACCUGUGCAGAGAGAGCGAUGGGAUCACUACUUGCGUGGUCGUGAUCGGGGUGAGAGAGAGCCUCUAUUGAGGGACAACCGUUCACCACCACCUUCAUACAACUAUGCAGUGAGAGACCAUGGGGCCAGUGUGCCAAGGAGCCAACAGGACCCAACUGUAGAAAAACGUCACUGGUGAAACGUCAGACCACACUUGGCUCCAUCUUGAAAACCGAUAGUUUUCAUUUUACUGCUGCAGAUUGUUGGAUGUAUUUACUCUCAUUUGAUUUUUGCCUUUUUUUCUUUUAACAUUCUCCCUGAUGAAGUAGCCAUUUAUCACCAAAUUUAUAUUGGUCACAUGGUUAGGCAGCAGGGAAAAGGUUAAGAGAAAAAUUUGAAAGAAAAAUGAACUGUUCUUCAUUUCACACAUAUGAACAGAACUCGUACUCAGUAACGAAUUAUAACAAGUAGCCAUGAGCCUUUUAAAACUACUGUAACAGCAGUAUGUCCAUCAUUUCAGUCCAGUGAAAAUGUUGCAAUCAUCAUUAAACUGAAUAGAGCUGAGGGCAUAGGAUAUAAAAUUUCUUUGAAAUAAAGCAAAAAAAUGUUCAGAUUUGCUCCCAUGAAGCAUACAGUUGUUGAAGAGAAAUUGUGCAUGGGUGUUGUUAAUUCGUCUAUCGUUGCACGAUGAAAACCUUGACAUUUUAGCUGCCUUUUGUGACUUAAGAGUGGCUUCAAAGUUGUUAUUCCCAUGCACGCUCAGAAACAUCUGCCACACUAUGUGCACUUGAGUCUGCGCAGAGGUUGUGUAUGUGGGUUUGCCACCCUUGAACUUUGUGACUAUGACAGAACAGGCUGUUAAGAAAUUAUACCAAAAUGGCCUUGCUGUUAAUUAUGUAGCAACUGUGUAAAUGCCUACCCAGGUAAUAUGUCUUCGUGUGAUAUAAUCUCAAGUGAUAGAGAUUGCAUUGUAAAUUAUCUGUGCUGCAAGCAUAUCUGUUCAAUGUGUAUACUGUUUUGUAUGUAUGCAAUCAUAUGUCAGUAUGCGCCUAAAGACGAAGAAAUGUACAAAAUUUUGGUAUACAUGUACUGAUAUUUAUAGAGAGUAUUCCUUUGGCAAGGAAAAUUUUAUCAGAUUUUAUAGAUGUACAAUAACUUAUGAAGAAUAAUAGUCACAACAUAUAAUACAUUUCCUCCCAAAGAAUAGUAUAUAUAAUAACACUGCAUAUUAACUAAAAUCUUAGAAAGUACUGGGUAGUUCACAAUGUGUUGCAUAUGAAGUCCAUGAAAUGGAGAAAAAAUCAUAUUUGGACAUCAUGAUUUCAUCAUACAUACAAUGAUUGGUGCACAAGAAUUCGUCCACAGAAUUUUAUCCAGCUGUAGGAGUAGCUGUUCAUCACAAUUCAACCAAAGAGAGAAUGGCAAUUAGUGGUUAGACCAAGGAGGUGGCAUGUUGAUCAAAUAUUUCCAUUUUAUACUUACAUUUUGCAUUUCUACAUUUUCAGUAAGGCGGGCAAGGCUUUUAAUCAAUAUAUUGCAAAAUAUGUGUUUUGAUUCUGGUUAUGUCAUGAUCAUACCUUAUAUCUAAGAUCUUUCACAGCAUCCUUAAGUUUUUACUUUUAUAAAACACUACCUAAUAAGUCUGAAUCUUUUCCCUCCGCAUUUAGUAGCUAUUGUUGAGGAUGACACAAGGAAAGUCUUGUUAAUAAACUCAUCAAUUGUAUAUACAAGA